GCCGGGAGAGCGAGGGCUGUGAAGGUUACGCGGAAGAGGAGCUCCGGGAAGGAGGCUGGACUCGGACGGACCUGCGGAGCUCUUGAUGAGGGAAUGUGGAAAAGCAGGGGAGACGCACGGCCACCGCGCCAGACAUGAGUCCGGGGUGGCGGACUGAAGACAAUGCUGGAUGCCAUGGAAGUUCCAAGUCAUGCUAGGGAUCUCCUCCUGCAGCUCAACAGCCAGCGCACCAAGGGCUUCCUGUGUGACGUGAUCAUUGUGGUGCAGAACGCCCUCUUCAGAGCUCAUAAGAACAUUCUGGCUGCCAGCAGCCUCUACUUGAAGUCUUUGGUGGUCCAUGACAAUCUCAUCAACCUCGACCAUGAGAUGGUGAGUCCAGGGGUCUUCAGGGUCAUUCUGGACUACAUCUACACAGGCCGCCUAACUGAAGGAGACCCCACUUCGCCCACUGAACCCAACCUCGGGGCUGUCUUGGCAGCAGCCAGCUACCUUCAGCUUCUUGAUUUAGUGGCCUUGUGCAAAAAGAAGCUCAGAAGAAAUGGCAAGUACCCUCCUCGCCCAGGUCCUGCAUUUUUACCCUAUGCAAAAAUAGGGCCCAACGCGAUGGGUUUAGGGAGCGGCGGCAGAUACAGGGUUUCAACUCCUGUCAUUCAGUCCUGUCCUCCGGGAGGAAUUUUGAACAGCCAUGCACCCCGGGCGCCAUCUAUGGAUGAGUUAGUCCCCCACCGUCUAUCCAUUCAUACCGGAGAGCUGUAUGCCCCCACCUCCACCCAGGCCUCUCAGGUGUACCCGUCCCUGCAGUCAGCUCUGCCUGCCCACCUUGGACGCCCGGGCCAUUCUGAGAGGAACUGCUCCCCCAACUUUGGUCUCGACCUCUCCAAGAAAAGCCCCACCUCUCAGUCUCAGCGCACCCCCUCUCAGACCCACCUGGCAAACGCUCACAAUGACGAGGAGCGAGACGGGACUUUGAGCGGCCGAACAAGUCCCAUGCAGGGGAUGAAUGGGAGGGCCUUCCCCGAAAAAAUGGAGUCAACUGACCAGGCAGGCACUCCUCCACCUUUUCCCCAUCUCAACCAGUCUUUAGGCCCACACUUGCCCCACCUGCACCGCUCGGGUCCACAGGGGACUGACCGCUACCCACCCAGCCCCGACACCCCCACAGACGGUGGAGAGGCAGGUAGAGAAAUGGGCAACAUCUACCGCUGGGUGAAGCACGAGCCACUGUCGUACACAGCCGAGUAUGAAGACGAGGACGACGAUGAAGAGGAAGGGGGUGAAAAUGGAGAUCGGCAUCAUAACCAUCACAAGGCUGGGGAGGAGAGUGAAGGAGCAGAUGAAAAAAGCGGGUCAGGCACAGAAGAGACGGGGAGUAGUGAGGGACGCCCGUCCCCACCUGGACCAAGGUUCCACAUGCCGUACGAGCCAGAGAGCUUCGGGGACAAUCUGUAUGUCUGCAUUCCCUGUGAUAAAGGCUUUCCCAGCUCCGAGGAGCUCAACGCACAUGUGGAGACACACACGGAAGAUGAACUGCAGGGCAACUCUGGCGGGGAGAUGGGCAAUAACAGCAAUAACAGCACCGCCAAACACAUGAGCGGUAAUACAAACGGCUACGGGAGCCUCAGCGGUGGCAACACUCUCAACAGUUUGUCACACCUGGAGACCAAAUCCGGCCAGGGCUUGAACUCGGCAGGCAUCGGCGAGAUCAUCCGACCGUACCGCUGCUCCAGCUGUGAUAAGUCCUACAAAGAUCCAGCCACAUUGCGCCAACACGAGAAGACCCACUGGCUGACUCGACCAUAUCCCUGCAGCAUCUGUGGCAAGAAGUUCACGCAACGUGGUACCAUGACCCGACACAUGCGCAGCCACCUGGGCCUCAAACCUUUUGCUUGCGACUCCUGCGGCAUGCGCUUCACCCGCCAGUAUCGCCUUACCGAGCACAUGCGCAUCCACUCUGGGGAGAAGCCCUACGAAUGUCAGGUGUGCGGUGGAAAGUUUGCUCAGCAGCGCAACCUCAUCAGCCACAUGAAGAUGCACAGCAGCGGCGGCUCGGCGGGCGGGAUGACCACGGAUGGGAAACUGAAGCUGGACUUUACAGAGGGCAUCUACCCCUUGAGUAAAUACGCAGCAGAGCACCUGGGAUUGAAGCAGGAGAAGGCAAGUGAACUCUUCAUCCAAGCUCAGCAGCAGCUCGUGGCUGACGCGAAGGCCCUGGAGAGCCUCUACCCGCUCUCCAAACUGGCCUCGGAGCACCUGGGCCUCACCCACGACAAGAUGGAUAUCCUGAGCCAACCACUGCCCCCUCCCACACAGCCCCUUUCCGAAAGCCGCACUAUUGAGCGAUACUCACCCAGCUAAGACAUAGGACAUGUAUCAAUGCCAAUUAGAAGUAGGUCUGUGUGCACACACAUUUUGCAGUAUUCUAAAGCCAUGCACCUCAACUCGAUAUCUCCUCUGCACCUCAGACUCAGGCCUAAAGGUCUGCUAAUGAACACCAAAUGUGUUGACUCUAAGUGCCUUUCUAUGCAUCUAAUGUAUCUUAAGUUGCUCCUUCAUAAAGGAGCUUCAUGCCAUUUGCGUGACCAAGGGACACUCAAGUAACAAAUAAGUACAGUAUUUAUGUACAGUGUAUACAAAGAAUCUUUUUUUUUUUUUAAUUCCAGUCUUUGAGCCAUGGUGACAAAUUGAAAGCCAAAUUGUUUUAUUUAUUUUUGUAUUAUGGUAAAACCCAAAGAGAAACAGUUGCAAAGAAACUUUGCAAUCUGACCCAAACCUGUGUACCAUUCAUCUUUGUACAGAAAAAAAAUACAAAAAAAAAAAAAAAAGCACAUAAGAACUAUAUUCAGGGUGGGUCCAGACAUGAGUAGAACUUUAA